CGAAUCAGAAAAUCAAUUAAGUUAUGAAAAAUACCAUUAAUUGCCUUUCUUUGUCGCCGCAGCUCAUGAAGAAAUGGCGGAUCUCCAGACUUUGUACACUUGCGGUGUCUAAUGGCUCGUUUACAUACGACAGAAACAUUGUCAACCGACAGGAAUAUUUACGUAUCUCAGAAUUGUUGAGUAUUAUCUAUUGGUUGGAUGAGAAUGAGCUGAUGGUUGUGGAAGUCUGCGAGAAGACGCUCCAGAAAAGAGAGAGGCUGACCGGAAGAUGCCAAGAAAAAAACAACAGAAUCCACAGCCAGUUAAGUUGGAUUCUGAAGAUGGUGUAGCAUUUGAAACUCCAGAAAACCUCACCUUAGACACAGACUUCCUUCUAGGACCUGACCUUGAAUUUGAUGAUCCUGAUCAUGAAAACAAGAUUCUAGGCCUGGAAAAGUUUUCAGAAGUAGCUGCAGAGAUUGGUUUCUCGGUGUAUCCUCUGGCUGAUGAGGAGAGCCCUGCCUACAGCCAGCUCAGCAUGGAGAGUGAACCAGAAAACUCACAUGGCACCACUGACAACGGGAGAGAAGAUGAGGGCAGAUCAUCCCAGUCCGACCCCAGUUUUCCUCCCUACCUGUCCUGCAGAGGCUGCGGUCUGCUACGUGAUGAACCUUUAGGACCAGGCAUAGACCUGGGGGGUCCGUACUGCCUCAGGUGCUGCAAAGCCUCGAGGGAAGCCAAGAGCACAGACUUUUGCUCACCUUUUGGAAGCAUGAGCGGGAUUCGCUCAGGGUUGCAGCUGGACAGUGAAGGUGUGGGGAAUGGGAUGGUUGACAAAGCACUGACAGCUGAGGACAAAUUCCCCAAACUGCACUCGUGUCACCUCUGCGGCUUCUCCUCGCGCUACACCAACCACGUGAAGCGCCACAUGAAGACGCACAAUGGGGAGAAGCCCUAUAACUGCCCCCUGUGCACUUACGCUUCAGCCCAGCUGGUGAAUCUGCAGAGACACCUGCGCAUUCAUACUGGGGAGAAACCGUACAAAUGUGACAGCUGCACUUUCGCCUGCAGUUCCCUGGGCAAUCUCAAGAGGCACCAGCGCAUGCAUGUGCCCUCUUUGGGGGCGGGACCUGACAUGCCACCACAGCGACCCACCAGUGGCCAAAACAUGCUGAAGAGGACUGUGAGCGGACAGAGAGUCAAUGAUGAAGGGACAAGUCCUUCAGCCAAGGUUUCAGAAGUUGUGAGGCCAACUUCAAACCUUAGUCUUGGCACUAAGAACGACUACCUACCAGCCUUUGACAGCUUAAAGGGGGCAUCACCACCACCCAUACCAGCCUCAAACCCAGCUCCUGGCCACCAGCCUCCACCCUUGCUGGAGAACACAAACAGCAGUGGGGUGACCAGAGGGGGUGUAGCAGACAGCCCCCCCCUCCCCCCUUCACUUUUCCCUUUCACCUGCCGGUUGUGCGCCAUUGUCCUGGAGGACGAGGACGGUUCUUCCGCCCAGAUUUGUGCCAAGUGCACCCUUGAAAUGCUGACUAAAGACUCGUCCUCAUCUCCCAACAGCCCUGGUGAGCGCAGCGACAAGGUGUACACCUGUGCUGCCUGCCCCUUCCUCACACACUACCCCAACCACCUGGCACGCCACAUGAAGACUCACAGCGGCGAGAAGCCGUACAAGUGCCCACAGUGCGAUUACGCCUCAGCCCACUUUGACAACCUCAAGCGGCACCACAGGGUGCACACAGGAGAGAAACCUUACAAGUGCCAUUUGUGCGACUACGCCUGCGGGAAUCUGGCCAACCUGAAGCGCCACCAGCGCGUGCACUCAGGCUUGAAGCCGUUUCAGUGCGCCGUGUGCAGCUACAGCUGUAACCAGAGCAUGAACCUGAAGCGGCACAUGCUGCGACACACUGGAGAGAAACCAUACAAAUGUGCAGAGUGCGGUUACACAACCGGCCACUGGGACAACUACAAGAGGCACCAGAAGAAGCACGGCCUGGCCACGGAUGGCUGGGUCAAAGUUCCAACGACAGGCAACGAUGAAGAACAAGAAGUGAACAAAGGGAUGGGAGUUGGUGGUCAGACUCACCAGAAAGAGACAGGCGGUGAUAUGCAGUUUAUGCCCAGGGAGGGGGGACAGUCCAUCCAUCCUUGCUACAAACUUGAGAUUGUAUAAAAUAAAACUCAGCAACACUAAGCUACCAGCAACUGGUUUUAUUUUAGUUUUUCACAGAGCCUUUAUAUUGUUUUUAGUGUGUAUUGGUCUGUUAGUGUUUGUCGGAUGUCUUCAAACGGCUGCUAAUUGUUGAUUUGUAGAAUCUCGCACAAUAUGAAAACAUUUCUUCUGAAUAUUUUUUAUCGUUUUUGAACUAAGAAAAGUUGGUGAGACUGUUUGUGUCAAGAAAAAGGGAUUUUGUUUUCAUAAAAAGUUGACUGUCUCAUUGUUUAUGUUACACCACACUAGUGUUUCAAAAUAUCCCUCUCAUAUUAUGACACAUAUCCUGCUUUUAGUUCUGACAGAGAACACUACCUAAUACACCUCAAUAAACGGAACUUGUGCACAUUUUGCCUGAACAGUUGAGUUGCACUGUGUAGUUUAUUUGAUGUUUUAUUUUUUAAUUGGGAAAGAUUAAUCCUUUUUUGUGCCAAAAAUAUCAUAAAACCACUUGAAUGUUACUUUUUUCCCUGUCCUCUUAUUAAAUUUCACUGGCUGACCUUUGGUUUUCUUAUUGAGGUUAUCUUAAAAAAACAAUUUAAAGAAUAUGGUGGCAAGUUUUAUAAACUACACAGUGCAGCUUUAAGUAAAGAUGGCACCAUCUAGGGCCAGUACUGUGCUUUGUUAGCAUCAGAGCAUUGCUCUGGUAAUGGCAUGCCUUCAGAUUAAUUUAAUUUUGUAUGAACUACUAGCAAAGUGCUGUUUGAUAGCACUGGAAUUGUCUUACACCAGUCAUUGUUUUAUAAGUUAGUGACUAAAUCUGCAGUGUCUUUAACUGUCAUCUUUCCUAAACCCCCUCAGGAUUAGAAAUUAUGAUCCAGCACUCUUAAAAAAACAAGAAUUUAUCAUUUUCUCUCAGAGACUGCAUGCACAAGCAUCUUGAAAGAACCUCCCUGGUCUUGUCUUGGUUUUAUGUUAAGAGAAAAAGCACAAUAACAAACAUACAGAUUUGUUGAACGUUUAAGAAAAACUUGUAAAGGGAACAAAAGUGUCAGCAUCACUUGUAUGUGAUUCAGCAUGUUGCUAAAGUAACUCCUCCUAACAAACUCGUAGUUUCUACAUAUCCUUAUACUUCAAAUCACUAGACCAUAAAUAUGUUCAUUUUGGGUCAUGUUAAAGGAGAACACCAUUGUUUUGGUUACUAUUUACUGUGAAAUUAGCCCAUUCUUGUGUUUUUACUUGAAAAAAAGAAGAUGACACAUUAGAAAGCAUGUGUGUGUAAUUGUUUUAUUUCAAUGUGACUGUAAUACACUGCUAGAAGUGCAUACUUAGCGUAAUAUGUAGAGUUUUUUUAUUUUGAAUGUGUGAUGUGUCAUUUAGAUAUGGGGAAUUUUAGGGACUGUGAUUCCUGUUUACUCUCUUUAUAAAUUUCUAUUAUAUGCAAAUGAGAGAUCAGGUUGCCAAUUUUACCAUGACACAAUGGAGAACCCAGUAAAUAGUACUGACAUCCCCCAAGUGUCCAUUUUAUGUCUUUAUGCAGUGUCUCAUAAAUGCCUUAAGUGAGGAUUUCAAAAUAAACAAGU